ACACCUGAGAAGCCGACAGAGAGAACAGUGUCCCGUUUCCACUGGGGUGUGUGUGUGUGUGUGUCUCUGCCAAAACCAGUGAUGGCCGACCAGCUGCCUCCACAGCAACGAGACCUGCUGCUGAAUACAUUCCACCAAGGGAGCCUCCCCAAUGAAAAAGAAGACACCAAAGACGGCCUGCAUGCCAGGGGACAGUGGGCUAGCAAGGCUGAGUUCCUCCUGGCCGUGGCGGGGCAGAUCAUCGGCCUGGGCAACGUUUGGAGGUUCCCUUACCUCUGCUACAAGAAUGGAGGAGGUGUGUUCUUUGUGCCCUACAUGUUGUUCCUAGUGCUGUGCGGCAUCCCCCUGUUCCUCCUGGAGACCUCACUGGGACAGUUCACUAGCCUGGGAGGGGUCAGCGCCUGGAGGACUAUCUGCCCAUUAUUUGGAGGUCUCGGCUACGCCAGCCAGGUGAUGAUCCUGCAUGGCUGUGUGUACUACAUCGUCAUCCUGGCCUGGGCUCUCUUCUACCUGUCCCACAGCUUCACGGCGGAGCUGCCGUGGUCGCACUGUAACAACACAUGGAACACUGAGGCGUGUGUCCUGUUUGAACGCCACAACCAGACAGCCAAUGGGAGCAGCCCGCUUGAGAACGCCACCUCCCCUGUCAUAGAGUUCUGGGAGCGGGAGGUGCUCCGUCUCUCCAGCAGUUUAGACGAGCUGGGUCCAAUCAGCUGGAAGCUGGCUCUAUGUCUCGCCAUCGUCUGGCUCGUCUGUUACUUCUGUGUCUGGAAGGGAGUGAAGUCAACCGGAAAGGUGGUGUACCUGACAGCCACCUUCCCAUAUGUCAUGCUGUUUGUGCUGCUGGUGCGCGGUGCCACCCUGCCUGGAGCGACCCAGGGCAUCAUCUACUACCUCAAACCCAACACAACCCGCCUGGCAGACCCACAGGUAUGGAUGGAUGCAGGUACCCAGGUAUUUUUUUCAUAUGGAAUCUGUUUGGGAAGUCUCACGGCCCUCGGCAGUUACAACAAAUACAACAACGACUGCUAUAAGGACUCUUUCCUUCUGUGCCUGCUGAACAGCGCCACCAGUUUCCUGGCAGGUUUUGCCAUCUUCUCUGUGCUGGGAUUCAUGGCUGAGGAGCAGGGUGUGGACAUAGCUACUGUGGCCCAAUCAGGGCCUGGCCUUGCCUUCAUUGUGUACCCGAGAGCGGUAGCCAUGAUGCCUGUACCCCAACUCUGGGCCGUCUGCUUCUUCCUCAUGAUCAUCAUGCUGGGGCUUGACACACAGUUUGUGAGUCUGGAGGCUCUGAUGACGUCCGUGUCUGACCUGUACCCUCACCUGAUCCGACGAGGCCACCGCAGAGAGCUGCUGCUGCUGUUCAUCUGUGUCGUCUGCUUCCUGCUCGGACUGGUCAUGGUCACGCCGGGGGGGCUGUAUGUGUUCCAGAUCUAUGACCAUUUCUCCUGCAGUGGAGCCAGCCUGCUGCUUCUCUCCAUCUUCCAGUCUCUGGCCAUCGGCUGGGUCUACGGAGCCGAGCGCUUCAGUUCCAACAUCAGGGACAUGACCGGCUACAGCCCGCUGCCUGUCUUCAAGCUGUGCUGGAAAUAUUUGACCCCAGCUGUGUGCACUGCUACCUUUGUGUUCUCCCUGGUCAGUUGGUCUCCAUUGAACCUGGGCAAAGGCCUGGUGGCUCCAGCCUGGGCCACCACGCUGGGCUGGCUCCUCACUCUCUCCUCCGUCUCCCUGCUUCCCAUCUGGGCCAUCUACGCCCUAGCCAUCACCCCAGGAACCCUGCAACAGCGCUUCCAACAUCUCUGCAGCCCUGACAAAAACCACGCAUCACUGGCCCCCCAAUACUUCCCCACCAACGCCUUAGCGCUUCCCUACUGCCCAGCACUGCACCUGACGGAGAAGGAGCCCAUCACAGACAUCAUCCAGGAUCGUAUGACCUGAUUAUGGUCAAUGGCAGAGUAACAUUGGAUGCUGGUCAGCCAAUCGGGUGUGGCGAAGGGGGAGGGUCGAGGUUAGGGUUAAAGCUGCUGGGUGCCAAUUGAAGGGCUGGACCCUCAUUUCUACACGAAAUAUGUUUCCUUGUUCAUCACUCAAAACUGGAAGUCAUUACUACAUACAUUAACCGUUGUGCUUUAUGUAAACUCAGAUAUCCAACAAACCUUCGCCCCCUGAAUUCACACAGCUUGCUUUACCGUUAAGACCUCCCAACCCUGUAACCAGAGUUAGUUAUUACAAAACGACUCGCAGUGUUGUUAACUUGAUCUACUUCAAAUCUAUCUCUUUUCUCUUUCUGUACCAGUUGAAUCUCUGUACUUGAAGAUAAUUUAAUCACAUCCCCUUUAGACAGCCAAGGCACAAGAGGCAGCUAAAUGACAACGCUGAAGUUCUCUGUUAUCGCCAGCAUUACUGAGUAAGUUAGUCUCCCACUAUGCUCUCUAUGAGAGGUCACUGCAUGCUCAGCUUUGACUCUCCCAUCAAUAUGUGUUCUGUUUAGGUGCUAGUAUCCUCUGGUGACUCCAUGAGUCGGACAUGUUUUAUACAGCGAUUGUAUGAUUACUGUAUCUACUUCCCCCUCUGAUCGCCAUAUCAGUUUGAAUGGUUCAUAACAUGCCUUACACCCGGACCAAGAGGUACAGCUAUCUACUUUAUAUUUGUAUCAUUGACAACAUGAUUGAAAUGUGCAGUAACUGUUUUCAUCUAUUUUACUCAUCCAUCUUUAUUUUUUAAAAGUAGGCGGUAGAGUUGUUUGUGUUUUUAAGUUAUAAGUGGCUGUCACAAAUGCACAAGUGCAGUUCCUGCAAAGUAAAAUGCGUUAUUGGGAACGUCUUUGGACGGUACCAAAGAUAACUAUCAUUCAUCACACUGCACAUGCAAUCAUAGAGAUCUGCAUUUGUUAAUACAAUAUUGAAAUAUUGCUGCUGCUGUGUAAACAAAACUGAUCUUUUUUUUAAUUCUAAGCCCAAAAUGUUAAAGUAAGUUUUCAAUGAGAAAAUAACUUUCCAGUGGCAACUGAAGAAAUGAUCGCGAUGCAGUGUAGGUUUAUAUUUUUCAGAUGAAAAUGCAUCAUAUGAAUGUGAAAGAUCUAUAUUUGUAGAAAUAUGUUAUCAUGUUUACCAUCUUUACCAAAAACAAUCAUCUCCUCUUACCUUGUAAAUAAAAUGUCUUCAUGCAUAUAUCAUUUACAGACACUACAGACGUGUGCUGGUUUCAUCACCAUGAGAUGUUCCCAGUGUCUCCGGGGUCACCGUUAACUUGCUGUAUAGGACAAAAUGCACUCUUCAUUGGGAAAACUUGUUAAAAACUCUAAAACCAGAAAUCUGAGCAAUAUUUAUUUGGGUAUUUGUUUGAAGAUAAAUAAUUCCUUUUUAUUUAAACUUGAAGAUGAUGUUUUUCCUUGCACUGCCAUCCAGACCUAGAUCGGGAUUCUGAGAGAACUUCUUAGGAAUACUCCUCUGAGAUUAAUUUAAACCCCAUCUGGUAUUUUAUGAAAGACUUCUAUUACUUCAAAUUGAUCCAUGUGUUUUAUUUCUUACAGGUGUAUACAUGUACCUCUUUAUUUUGUAUGUGUAUCAUUAUUAUCUUUUUAAAAUGAAUAUAUAUAUUGUGGAUACAAGA